AUUUGAGUAUCACACUGUUCUCAAAAAUUUAAUUGCUCUUCUAUUCUAUGUAGUUUAAUUUAAUUUUUCAAUUUUUGGACAGUUCAUUUGUUUCCUAAUUCUGAAAGAGUAAUCCUUUUUCUACAUAUUAUCUGGUUUUUUGAAGCAUUUUUUUCAUUACCGUGUUAAUUUUUACUUACUCUAUAACAACUUCCAAUAUAGGUAAAAAUUGUGGGUUGGCCAUAAACUGAUGGGCCUUCCCUGUCCCUAUUUCAGGACUUUAUGUAUCUGAAUUUGCUUUCUAUUUAUUCAGUCAUUCCAAAUGACUCAAUCAUAAUUUGGCAGAAUAGGUAUAUCAUAGCAGGAAAAACCUGGUAGUAGAAUCGAUCCCCAAAACAGAAUUGAAGGUGAACCAGAGAAGGUGGCCAAGAGGUCUUGAAUUCAACUUCACAGCAACCAUGAGUGAUCCUGCUAUCUACACCCAAGAUGGAACUGUGGAUCAUACUGGGAAACCUGCAAUCAAGGACAAAACGGGAAAUUGGAAGGCCUGCCCAUUCAUUCUUGGCAAUGAAUGCUGCGAAAGACUGGCUUAUUAUGGAAUGGGUACCAAUUUGGUGAAUUAUAUGAAGUAUCGUCUUAAUCAACCAAGUGCUACAGCUGCCAAUAGUGUCACAAACUGGUCUGGAACAUGUUACAUCUUGCCAUUAGUUGGAGCAUUUGUGGCCGAUGCUUACUGGGGCAGAUACAAGGUCAUCGCGGUCUUCUCUGCUAUAUAUGUUGUUGGGAUGACCUUACUGACUCUAUCAGCAUCUGUUGGAGGGUUGAGUCCUACUUGCCACUCUGGACAAUGCCAUGUAACCUCUGGACAAGUCGCAGUGUUCUUCGUGUCUCUCUACCUCAUCGCCUUAGGAACUGGAGGUAUCAAACCAUGUGUCUCUUCUUUUGGGGCUGACCAAUUCGAUGAGGCUGAUGAGUAUGAGAAGAAGAAGAAGAGUUCUUUCUUCAAUUGGUUCUAUUUCUCUAUCAAUAUUGGGGCUCUCAUUGCUUCCUCUCUCUUGGUUUGGAUCCAAGAGAAUGUAGGUUGGGGUUGGGGUUUUGGGAUACCGGCUGUGGCCAUGGCAAUCGCCAUUUUCUCUUUCUUGGCAGGGACUCGGUUGUAUAGGAACCAGAAGCCUGGAGGGAGCCCCAUAACUCGUAUUGCCCAAGUUUUUGUUGCUUCAAUAAGGAAGUCUAGUGUCACGGUGCCUUCUGAUAAAUCUCUACUUUAUGAGACAGCUGAGCAGGAGUCAGUCAUUCAAGGGAGCCGGAAACUUGACCACACCAAUGAGUUCAUAUUCUUUGACAAAGCAGCUGUUGAGACCGAGGCCGAUAAAUUCAAGGGCAUCCCAAAUCCAUGGAAGCUCUGCACUGUAACCCAAGUUGAGGAAUGGAAAGCCAUAAUCCGAAUCCUCCCUAUUUGGGCAAGUGGCAUCAUCUUUGCAACAGUUUACAGUCAAAUGAACACCAUGUUUGUUCUUCAAGGAGACACAAUGGACCCUCAUAUGGGCUCAUUCAAGAUCCCAGCUGCCUCUCUCUCUCUCUUCGACACACUCAGCGUUAUAUUCUGGGUUCCAGUCUAUGACCGCCUUAUUGUGCCUAUGGCCCGGCGUUUUACAGGCCAUGACCGAGGCUUCACUCAACUCCAGCGCAUGGGCAUCGGCCUUGUUAUAUCAGUUCUCGCCAUGGGCUUGGCUGCUAUAGUAGAGAUCAAGAGGCUUGAGCAAGUUCGUAUCCAUAACUACUAUGAACUUGACACCAUACCCAUGAGUAUAUUUUGGCAAGUGCCUCAAUAUUUUGUUGUUGGGGCAGCUGAGGUUUUCACUUUUAUUGGGCAGCUUGAAUUCUUCUAUGAUCAGGCCCCUGAUGCAAUGAGGAGUAUGUGUAGUGCUCUCUCUCUCACUACAGUGGCUCUUGGCAACUACUUGAGCACUUUACUCGUGACUGUUGUGACCCAUGUCACAACUAAGGGUGGAAAGCCUGGAUGGAUUCCUGAUAACUUGAAUUAUGGCCAUGUUGACUACUUCUUUUGGCUCUUGGCCAUUCUUAGUGUGAUCAACUUCGUGGUUUAUCUUGGGAUCGCAAACUGGUACACAUACAAGAGGCCAACUGGGAACUUCAAAUAAGUUGUUGAUAUGAAGGUGCUUUAAAAAGAGAGAGAGGGGAUGCAUAGUUUGGUUUUGCAGUUUCUUUUAGUUUGUGUAUAUACAUUGGGGGUUAUGGGGGCAUUUGGCUGGGUGGGAAAUGAUCUAGAUCUUUGUUUUUCAUGUGAAAGAUGGUUUCAGACAGCAGUUAUAGAAAGGUUUUACUAUUUA